AUGGUCAGCGGAUUAACUCGAACCAAUCCCUCGCUAAUAACGAAAAACAAAAUGGCCGACAUCAACGACGAAGACUUGAUGGAAAGUGGCUCUGAAAUAUCAGAUGACGAGGUGAGAUUUUGUAUUUUGAAUAGCUUCAUGCCAAAGGAUAGGCUCAAAUGACUCAUUUAGGUUUUCUUUUUGACUGUUUUAGCUUCAAAGAGAUUUUGCAAGCGGAAAACUUCAAGUGGGUUUGAACAGAAUUCAGUCCCAAACCAAGACACGUGCUCUGUACAACAAUGUCGUAAGUUUAAAUUUCGUGUUCAUUUUGUUCGUACAAGUUUUUUUAAACGAAAUUUAAGCUCUUGAAAGGUUUUCCAGCUAAAGAUCUGUCCGCUUGGUGGCAAACUAGCCACAUAAGCGUGAAUACAACGACCGACCAUUUAACCCUUUAACUCACAAGAUCUGAUUGUUAAUUUGGUGUUAGAUCAAGAAUAAUAACUUCUUCGUGAUAAGUUUAAGUAUUCUCAUAACGUGUUUGCUGGAUGGUGUAUGGAUAUUAUAGGGAGAAGUUACCUCUCAAUUGCUUCUGGGAGUCAAAUGGUUAACACAAACUUGUUUACACUUGCACAGCCUGGCAUGAAGCAAAAACUGGAGCAGAUCGCUCAAGAGCUUGAAUGGGUUGAAAGAAUGGAUGUCACAGUCACCAGAGAGGAAGAUGACAAGCAGGAAAGUUUAAAGACGCCUACAACAUCCACAGUUUCCAGUGAAAAAAGUAUCCAUGAUGACUUCCAACGAGAAAUGAGAUUGUAAGUUAGUUUUAGCAUUAGGAAGGGCUACAAAUAAACUAGUUUCUUAUGAAUAAAGGGAGUAAAUUUCUAAGGAAACUGAGGUGCUGUGUCAGUGGAAGAGUAUGAGAGGGUAAUUUAUCAUUAUCAACUGAGUUUAUAACAUUUAUUACACCCAUUUUGAAAUCACUGGUGGUCCCUGUAAUCUGAUUGGCUCUAAUUGGUGCAAUUUAUUCACAAAUUGCACCAUUUUUUGCUUUAAAUCGCAUCAUUUUCCCAGCCAAUGAGGAGGCUAAAUUGAAAACAAAGCAACAAAUCAGAAUUCAAGGCUUGUCUAAAGUAAUCAAUCUAAUUGCAGGAAAAUGAAAGACAAAGAGUAUCAUGUGGCAAAUUUUCAACCUUCGUUUCCAAAACUCUUGUUUUUUCCCCCCAAAAAAUGGAUGAAUUUAAUUUUAAAGUAGCUCAGUACUGCAUCAAUAAAAUAUUUGAACUGACCAAGUCCUGUAUUUGGGUGAUUUCAAAAUGGAUGUAAUAAAGUGGUUAUUGAACCUUGUGCCAUGCAAUUUUGGUCUGAAAUCAUACUUGCUAUUUCAAAUCAAACUCGCACUUUGUGCUCGUUUGAUUUUGAAAUCACACAUAUGAUGUCAGCCCAAAUUGCACUCCAUUCAGUUCAAUUACUAUUAUAAUUCAGGCACUGUAAAUAGUUACAAAGCUGAUGUUUAGAGCAGUAGCCCUUCAUUAUUGCAAAACACUCUCUCCAAUGAAGGGCUAAUGCUUUUAAGCAUUAAAACAAAGUUUAAUUACUAAUUAAGCAUUAAACCCCAGCUUUGUAACUCUUUACAGUGCCCAAUUUACAUCAUCAACUCAGAUGACAAUGCUAAAUUACCCUGCUCCAAGUAAACCAGUUUCAUAUGAAGCUAACAAUGGUUAUUCUAUUUUAAGCUACAAGCAAGCACAGGUGGCAGUGAAUGAAGCACUUCCUAAACUGAACAAACUUGGAGUGGGAACCAAACGACCUGAGGAUUACUUUGCAGAAAUGGUGAAAACUGAUGAUCACAUGCAGAGGGUAAAUUGAAAGAUUAUUCCCAGAUGUAUAGUAUUAAAAAAUGAUUGACUAAAAGGAAAAUGGUUGACAUGUCACCCUGCCAAUUUUGAAAAUAUUCCUUUGCAAGGAAACAAGCACAAAUUGUUUAAGAUGCCAUCUGAGUUAACCUUUUACUUCCAGAGGUGAUUAAUAUGUAACUGUGGAACACUCUAGCCCGCAGUAAUUGGCGUAAGCUGUUGCAGAGUCCCUGCCUGUGUUGUACCAUUUACAUUUUUUGUUUUACCAUUUUACAUUUUUUGUUUUAUUUAAUAUUAAGUUGGCGAAGCUAAUAAAAUAACUUCUCCCUGUAAUAUCGAUACAUUAUUCAGCAAACAGGUAAUGAGAAUGCUCAACUUAUCAGGUAGACAAUGUUAUCUUGAUGUAACCUCAAAUUCUCACAACUUAUUUACAAGGAAAUUUGAAGUAGCCAUAGGGAAGAAUUAACAACAGAUCUUGGAAGUUAUUUAGGUUUAAGCUUUCCUCUUUCUUUGUUGCUCUUUUGUUUUUAGGUAAGAGCAAAAUUACUGAGCAAGCAGAAAGCCAUGGAGAGGUCUGAAAAGGCAAAGAAACAGCGAGAGAUGAAGAAAUAUGGCAAAAAGGUAUGGACUCUGCAUGAUGAACCAAAAAUCUUGCAAUAGCACUUGAGGGAAGUAGCAUGUUCAUCUGGAGCUGAUCCCCAUUUCCAUUGCUUUCACCCUUUACACCUGAGCAUCAGUAUCCAUAUUCUCAAUUCUCUUCUCAGUACAUUUUGUUUGAUCCUAACAAGGAGAAUUGGUAUAAUGAUCAAAGCUUCCUAGGCUGGUGAUCAUUUCCUUUCUUCUCAUGAUCUUGAUAAACCCUUUAACCCCUAAGGGUGACUAGUAUCUAAUUUCUCCUAACCAUAGCACCCCUGAAUCAAACAUUAAGGUCAAGAGAAUGAAGGAUCUGAUCACUGACUUAGGAAGCUCUUGAUUGUUAGACAAAUUCUCCAUGUCAGCAUCUUAAGAAAUGUUUAGUGAACAGUUUGAAGAGUAUACAUACUGAUGUUAGGGUGUAAAGGGUCAAUGUCUAGCAGUAUUUCUGUGAGGAGAAAUUAAAUACUGGUCUCAAGUAGGGUGUAAAGAGUGGAGCAACAAGGAGUAUUAUUACUCCUGUUACUCAUCUCCAUCUUACUUGACAAAAAAAUUUGUUACACUGCUCACAUAUAUCUCCUGCUCCCCCCCCCAGCAUUUCAUCAGAUUUCUCUACUAACUGGCUGAUACCCUUUAAUACUCCUGGGUUAAUCCAGGGGUUGUGGGAAAUCUGACUUCAGAUCAGAAAGUGUCAAAAGAAAUUUCAGUUUAAUUCCUUUUUUCUACAAUGUAAUGAUUUGAUGCUCUUAAAAGGAAUACCUAGAAUUAUCUGAAAAAGAGCUUUUGAACAUAGGAAUAAAGUAACUGCAAUUAAAAUUUUACCCUGGGUCAGCUCUAAUUGUCCAUCAAACAACUGGCGCUGGAUCCAUUUGUCCGAAUGGCAGAUAACACUAUCCAAUGGAUAAAUUGCUAUCUGGUGGGUAAGUGUUGACAAAACAUACUUAGCAGUAUCUACCAUAUCAAGAUUUAUCCAUUGGAUAGUGUUAUCCACCUUUCAAAAAACAGUGGAGAGGAGGAUUGUGAAAGUUUACCUUCUGCCCAAGAAAUAACACCAUGGCCUGGCUAGGCCUUAGGCCCAGACCUUUCGACCUUUCAACCUUUUUUUCUUAAUAGGUCCAACAAGAGGUUUUACAAAAGAGGCAGAAGGAAAAGAGAGAGAUGAUGGAAGCUGUGAAAAACUACAAAAAACGUGAGUUAAAGCUAUCAUCAUCAUCAUUAUCAUAAUCACAUGAUUAUUACUGUGACUUAAUUGGGAGUCUGAAUGUGUUCAGAUUGCCACCUUCCAACAGACUCCCCACAGCUGCCCCCCUCAAUGAAACUUGGGGAGAAACUGUAGAAAGGGAAACAACGAAUGUGGGCUGGCCAUAAGGAUGGCUUGUCUGUCUGACAACCAACAGAAAUCAGUGGCAUUGUCUAGCUGAGGCCUUAUCUGCAUGGAGUCACAGAGAGGCUUUACUAAUUGGGACUUCAGAUUUAAUGCAUUUUGGGUAUUUUUUGGAUUCUAUUUGAAGUGGACUCUCCACCACUCUCUGACUAAUAAAUGAAAGAAAAUAAAUGUUUUUAACUUCUUAGGUGGCAAGAACUCCCCAGUUGAUGCAAAGUCAACAGCAGGAGGCCCUGAUGAAUUUCAGAUACAAACAGAGAGAGAAUCUUCAACCAUAAACAAAGGAAAAGUCAUUAAACGGUAAUUUCUUUGUUUUUAAUUAUUUUUAUGGUUCACAGUUAAAAAUAUGGCAAGUUACAAUGCAUUAGCUGUAAAUCUAGCAGAGCAGUGAUGGUGGAGGAGAACAUUGCGCCAUCUUUGUUGGGAAAGAUACAAUAAUUCUGGCAGUGGGGAGAGCAUCUGUCUUUGUCCUUUUUUAACUUGGACUGGACUCUAGGAGUACUGAAAAAACAAUGGGUGAAGAGCUGGUUACAUUCCUCUUUCAUUUUAUUAUUAUUUUUUUUAAUACUUAUUUUUUAAAUUUGUUUGGUGCAGUUAAAUGCAAUUUAAUGGAGUUAAUAACAAAGAGCAUCAGCGUUCUCUAGUAGACAGCGGUCUUUUGCAUAUGCGCUUGCGUGGGAAUUCCACGUUCUCUUCGUUGAGGCGUUCUUGCUUGUGCUUUGAGCGUAACUUGCAGCGUUGUGAGGAGUGGCAGCUCUUCGUCCAGGCAGUUUUCCCCACCCUUUCCUCCCUCUUUCCACUGUUUAUUCAUUGCAACGGGUGCCUGUUUCCCUUUCCUGUGUGGGGGCCCAUGACUGGGUUGCCAGGAUUUGCCAGCCAUGGCAGAAGUCUCCAUCCAGAAGCUGGCUGCCAAUAGUGGAAGCUCCUGGAUGUUUCAGGCACCUAACCUUCCCUUAGCGAUACAGUUGUUAUGUUCAAUAUAUGUGUGGUUCCAGUAUAAAAUUUUUAUGUUUAAUUCUACCAAUAGCGGAAAGAAUGCAAAGAGAAAAAGGAAGGUACGAAAAUUAUUAUUGUUGAAACUUUGACGGUUGAAAGGAACUUUAAACAUUAGUAGGGCAGUUAAUAGCGGAGCUCGCAGAGCGUAGCCCCAUAAUUAUACAAAAUAGUAGUAACCCAUCAAGCCGAAAAAAUUUGGACUUACGAACGUGCGACCGUACAAGAUGCUAUUUUGCAUGGUCAACUGUACCGCGGGCACGCCAACGCCACGGCUUUGUCCAGUAGUCUAGUGGUCAGUGCAUUGAGCUCCGAGUCGGACGACCCGGGUUCUAGUCCUGGCCGGGGCAAGGCGUUGUGCCCUUAAGACGUGCGGGAAAAAAAAUACGAGCUCUCCUUUUAGGCUUGGCCAAAUCUAUACAUUAUUUAUGAUUAAUCAAUCUGCUGUCUUGUUUCUUGAAUAACCAGGAUUCUAAAUACGGUUUUGGAGGAUUAAAGAAAGGAAUGAAGAGAAAUUCCAAGCAAAGUUUUUCAGACGUGAGUUCGUUCAACUCUUCAAUACACAGUAAAGCGCCAAGAGCAAAGGCUGGAAAUGCGGUAAGGGAUGACGGUGAUAGAAGCUAUAAGCAGUGUGUCUCUUGUUGUAUUCGGUGUAGCAACACAGACGUAAAGCAACUUUUGACAACUGAGUGGCAAAGGGAAUUGCCAUCGUCAAAGGGAAGGGUUUAGUUUACCAGAAAAAGGUUACCCAAAUUAAUAAACUGAAUCGUUCGUAAUUUUGUUCCAGUAUCAGCAACUAAGGUGGCAGCUUUUGGGUGCGAUUCGGGGUUGUGUGGGCGGAGAGAAACUUGCGGCGAACUAGUAUGCCAUACAGGCAACAUAAUAAAUCUACGGUGUAUAUUCCACGAGAACCAGCAUGAACCCCAGGAAUCUGAGAUCACCGAUCUUGCAAUUAUUUUAGAUUAUGAACAUUUAGAUUUGCGUUUUACAAGGAGCGUAAAUGUUUCUGUUUUGUUUAGGGAAAGAAGAGAAAGAACACCCGACCUGGAAAGUCUCGGAGGAAACAGAUGAAGAAAUGAAUAUUUGGAAUUUGAACUGACGAGGAGAACAAUUCAGCAAAAAAAAACAGUGCCAGAAAUGUUAUUGAAUUGCAUACUUUAACCUUGUUACAUUGGAGCGAACAGAGAGCUAACGUUGUGUGAAGGUAGUCUCAGACAUUUCCUGAUAGAAAGUGACAAACACAACGUCAUAAUGGUGAAAGCCGAAAGCUUUAAUAUUGGCUCUCAUGGUCGGUUAUCAUUGCAACUGGUAAUUAGAUUUCGCAACAAGGGGAUUGAAACAAAUUUGACGUCUUACCUGUGUUAAUUCCGAUUCAAAAUAAUCUGUUAAUUAGUGUCAAGCAUACCGUCGGAAGUAAACAAAUUUUCGUCAAUCACAUCCUCAUCAAGGCAUCAAACGGUGUAAGCACUCAAUCAUGCAGAAGUUUGCGAACUUCUCGAUAUUUUUUAAACAGGUAAUAACCUUUAAACCCCUAAGAUUGACUAACAUCUACUUUCUCCCUACAAUAUCAGCCCUGAAUUACAUAUUAAGGUCAUGAGAAUUAAACAAAUAAUCACCAACUAAGGUUGAUUGUAAAACAAAUCCUCCUUGUCAGCACCUUAGGAAAUAUUUGGAGAACAGUAUGGAAAUACCUUGUCUAUCAACCAAUUAGGACUAAUUUGUUGUCCUAAUUAGUUACCUUUGUGAAAAUUAACCUAGGCUCGAACGACGUAAAUGACGCCAAACCGAUUCUGAUGUAGCCGACCUAAGUGUUUUGAUUAGUAAACUUUAAGCUAUUAAUUAGCACUAGCUGUGUUAAAGGCACUACUUACUUCUUUGUUCAUGAUUAAUUUUCCUCUAUAGCAACGAGCGUGGCGUCAAACAGAUGUCAACGUAGCUCAUUAAUUUUUUUUUUGUUAAAAACAAUCGUGUUAUACUCGGUCAAUUACAACUAUUGGUACCAGCAGUAAAAAAAGGUAGAAUUUCCCCCUCCUUCCUUCAAACCAUAAUUAUAAAUAUACAUGUUUUAAUACCGAUUUCAAAGACGGCUGCCAAAGUUUUCACUUCAUGUUCCUUUUGUCAAUUAGCGUUAGUUACCAGCACGGUAAUUACAAUUUGUUGAUUUAUUUCUGCACGUGACGCUCCAGUGACAACUUAUUUUUAUUUGGUUCACCAUUUGAACGCUCAACUAUGACCUUUUAAUUAUUACAAAUUGUGUCGGAAUCGGUUUUCUUCAAUCGUUAAUUAACUUUCGCACUAAACAUGC